CAUGAGUAGGCAUUCAUCAGGCUCUCACAUCUCACAGGUUUACCGUGUCCAAAACCAGUCGAGGCACCUUCUGACAUGUCUUCACGCAUGUGAAGGACCAUGAGACGUGGUCUCGAUACGGUCAGCGUCUUUUAAGUAGCCGCAAGAUGCCCCCCCCGAGCUCGAUGGUGCCAUCUUUGUACAAUACCAAUGACUUGACUAAUAAGCAAGAUCUUGGUUCCCUACCAGGUGUCAAAUGGACUCUGAGCUCGCAUAAGCCUGGCGCAGGCGUGGCUGCGCUUCGGGACCCAGACCUUUCGAAGCUUUGGCAGAGUGAUGGGACGCAGCCGCACGUAGUCGACAUCCAGUUCCCUAGGAGGACCGCUGUGACACACGUCUCGAUAUAUCUCGACACCACGCUCGACGACUCAUACACCCCUACGAACAUCGGCAUCAAAGCCGGUACGUAUUUCGGCGACCUGGCCGAGAUCCGAAGACGAGAACUCGAGGCUCCAAAAGGCUGGGUGCACUUUGUUCUGAAUCCAGAAUCGACAGGUGCAAAUGAAGAAACCUCCGCAGAUCUGAAGCUCGCACCGCCCAUAUGGGUCUACCAUUUGCAAAUAUGCAUCUACUCCAAUCACCUGAACGGCAAAGACACGCACUUGCGCUCCAUUCGCGUGUUCGGUCCGCCCUCUGAGGAGAGGAAAGCUGCGGCGCUCAAGCAGCAAGUGCAAGCUAAACUGCUGGACCAGGCCAAACUUGCCGGGAGCGCAGGCAGUGGCCCUCACGAUAAAGUUCACUCAGACAUCCGCACACGAUACGCAUACGAAUCGCUUCGGAAGGCGAUCGACGCACGUGCAGUCGAUGAGGAUGAGAAAGACACCCAUUUCGCCGGUGAUGAUGACUUCGAUGUGCCGGAACGCGCGCAUACAUUCGACCUCGCAGGGCGCAGCGCAGGCGCAGGCGCACCACACCUCCCCUCCACCACCCGGUCGCUUGCCCUCCAUCACUCUCUGCGGUAACUUUGCGUUGUAUUUAAAAAGGGGUUCACGCCUUCCACGUCAUGAUUGUAG